AUGUCAGGGAACACCAACACAGACUUCACAAUUGAUUCCAACGGGACAGUCAUAACUGCGCGUGCUCUUGACUACGAAACCACGCCCUCUUACACACUAACUGUUAAAUCACGUGAUUCGAGUAGCCCAAGUAAUUUACAAAGACAUGUGAACUUAGAAAUCAGCAUUGCUGUGACUCCAGUGAACGAACAUCCGCCUGUCUUUACGUCAUCAAGUUAUACACACAAUAUCCAAGAGGAUACAGUCAUAGGGACGUCUUUGAUUAGGGUCACAGCUACAGAUGAUGAUAAUGGUCCACAAGGGGAAGUCUCAUACUCUUUGUCAUCCUCGUCAUUCUACAUCGAUGCAACCAAUGGAAUUAUUCGCCUUAAAGCUGCUCUUGAYCGAGAAUCUACUUCAUCAUACUCGCUAAUGGUUACGGCGCAUGACAAUGAUCCUGUUACCUCUGACCGGAAGUCAGCGAAUGUCACAGUUA